AUGCGCUCAGAGGAUCACCUAGGCACAAGACUUGUCUCCUUCAUUCAUCCUCCGGCAUGCAGCUUCAAGACUUUGGUGAAGCUCAUGAGCUACCUAUACGUCGUUGCGGAUGCGAUCCAAAAUUUCAGGUCUCUCAUCGAAGGGAAACAUCGCCUUCUGACAAGAGGAAACAUUCAGCUACCUACACCACAAUGCAAUGCGUGUGACGUAACAUAUCCGUCCUCGGAGCCGAACAUAAUCUCUCCUGAGCCUUUAGUUGGAGCACACGGCACCGCAGCAGCAGUGGCUGUGCCGCUCUGCCUUACUAACCGACUCCAUCAGGGCUUCUCCGAGACAAGGUUGCACAUCCUUCGCGACGACACCGCCAAUGACCUAAAAGGCCUGGCGCACCGUUUUCCUUGGCUGCAGCGUGUGACAACACCUGAGCUGGGCGUGGCCUCAUUUCGAGCUCUGCUCAGCCACUUAUGGUUGUUCCUUACGUUGGCGAAUAUGUUACAAUCGCUUGCAGCGGCGAGAAAGGAGGAGCGCAUGAGCACGCCCAACACGGAGUCUUUGACUACACAGCAUUCACCUCUCAAGUUCGUUCCUCAGUAA